UGACGGAAGAGCGCCGUGCCGCGCCCUGCCGUCCGCUAUUCGAGUCACUUUGAACGAUAGCUGUUGGGCUCACAUUCGUCUGUUGAGAGACUGACUUCAUCUAAAGGAGGACGCUAACAGACGAUGGCUGAGACCAAGGCUCAGACCAAUGGCCUUUCGGAGGGCCAGGCCAAGGCUGAGAGGUACGACCCUGACGACCCUGAGGCACAGCGACAAAUGUGGAGGCCCCCAGACAUAGAGCAAGACAUGAAGGAAAUGGAGCGCCGAAAGCGUGUGGAGAUGAUCAUGAAUAGCCAACUGUUCCGGGAGGAGCUUGAGCGCAUCAUUGAGUCGCAAUUGUCAGAGGGCUACACACCGUCCAACAUGGCAGCAUUGCAGCAGGUGACGGAACUCUUGCUGCCACAUGCGACAAAGCAGUCAACAAUUCGAGGUGGCCGUUGCUUGGUUCCUAUCAAUGACGUUCGUGGAAUUGAUGGCCUGCGCUACUCAAAAGGAGAAAAGCUGCUGCGUUGCAAGCUUGCUUCGCUUUGUCGCCUGUUAGAUGCAUACGGAUGGACCACAACAGCCUUCAACCACAUCACACUGCGUGUGAGCCAAGACCAGGAGCAUUUUCUGGUAAACCCAUUUGGGCUUCUGUACCAUGAGGUGACUGCCUCCAGCCUGCUCAAGCUCGACAUGCAGAGUAACGUCAUUGACUCGGGCACCACUACGUUCCAUUUCAAUCGACCAGCCUAUAUGGUGCAUGCUGCCAUCCAUGCAAACCGACCUGACAUUAAGUGUAUAAUUCAUCUCCAGCACCCACCCUGUGUCGCGGUGUCGUCACUGAAGCAGGGUCUUCUGCCUAUCACACCUGAUGCUGCCCUGCUUGGGGAAAUCGCCUACCAUGAGUACAGAGGCAGCAGUGCCGACACGCAUGAGGUUGCACGUAGCCUGGGGCCCAACAGCAAGGUUCUGUUCCUGCGUAAUCACGGGGUGCUCGUGUGUGGAGAUUCGGUGGAAGAAGCCUUCUCUAACCUGUGUUCAACUAUAGAGACAUGCGAGACACAAAUGAAGCUUGCACCCAUUGGUUUCGACAAUGUGCACCUUCUCUCUGAAGAGGCACAGCGCAGCAUGCGUGAGGAGCACGCACGCCAGAAGGGAGUUGAUGAGCCCCUUCCUGGUGGGGAUGAGGACAAGGAGAAGGCUGAGCCGAAGGAGAAACCCAAGCGCUGGCGCCCUUGCGACAUUGUCUUUGAGGCCCACAUGCGCACCCUUGACAACUCGGGUCACAGAACAGGAUACAUCUAUCGACAACCACUGCUGCGCAAUGAGCAGCCACGUCUCAAGACAGAUGUGGAAGUGCCCCCAUCAGCCAGCUCCAUCGCGCAGUUUUUGGAAGAAGAUAAGUGGCUGAGUCCCUUGAAGAAGCUGUUAGAUGGACGGAAGACUCAGGACAAGCUGCGCUGGGUGAAUUCGCCAAACACUUACCAACGGGUGGAAGUGCUUGAAACAGGCACUGCUGACCCCAAGAAGAUCACAAAGUGGGUAGAAGUUGGAGGGAGUGGGGAAGCUGAUUCAUGGGUGCAAGAAGGUUCCCCCUCCCACUCGACCUCCGUUAAAAUAGACACGUCCCAUCAGUUUGUGCCCAAAGGCACUGACCCUGCUGAGUUUAAGCGCAAGCAGAAAGAGCUGAAAGAAAACCGCCUCAAUUCGAAAAUAAAUGCAGGGCCACAAUCAAACCUUCUUGAUGGAGUCACUUGGGAAGAAGUUAAGAAAAUGCAGGAUGCUGUGGCGAGUGCAACAGGCGACCAAGUUGUGCUUGUGGGUGCUGCAUCAAAGGGGAUAAUUCAGCGUGACUAUCAGCACAAUGCUAUGGUCUACAAAACUGCCUAUAGUAAGAAUCCCUUUGACAACAUUACUGACUCUGAGCUUGAAGACUACAAGCGACUUGUGGAAAGAAAGCAGCGUGGAGAAUCAAUUGAUGAUGAUGUGCCAGACAGCUUAAAGCCAUUGCUUGUUGAACCAGUCGCUGUCCCAAGCCAGGGACCACAGCGGACAUCCAGUCCACUGCAGUCACCUGCUCAGUCACCAACAUCACCUGCAUCUGACGAAGAAGUCAAGACAUCUGUUAUAACGGCGGUGCGCUACCUUCAACCAAACAUGACAGAACCACAGAUUAUCAUCACAGACGAUUCAAAAUCCAGUGCUCGAGUGAAGCGGUCAUUGUCAUCAAGGUUGGCCACAGAAGAGGAAGAGCGUAUCGUGCCACAACAGUUUGGGCGGCGAGCGCAGUCUGAGCGCAAGCCCAAGCGCCAGAGUGAUGCGCCAGUGAAUGGGGAUGAGAAGCUGAGGUCAGCGGAGAGUGGCGACGUUUCAGCAGCAUCGCGCAGCAGCAAAGAGCAGAGCUCGCCUGUGAAGGACGUCGAGGGUGAGUCGCCCAAAAAGGACAAGAAGAAGAAAAAGGGGGGCUUGCGGACACCCUCAUUUCUUAAGAAGAAGAAGCACCGUAAGGAGAAGGAGGACAAAGAAAAGGCUGCCUCUGAGUGGCAGAACCGAAGCCAGUAGCCCCCAUCCAUUUGCAAGUGUGACGCUCUGCUGAAGAAAACUGCCAGGCACCCAAGCUCAUUCUUCCCAGGACUGAUGCAGGCACUGCCACCAAACUAUGGCUGGUUUAAAGCAAAAUGGACUGCAACGGCAGAUGACGACGCUUCAAGAGCUCUCUGGUUCUCUUGUUUAUAUUGUUGCAAAUGCUUGAGAACAUCCUUUCUUAUAGGGAACCCUGAGCGUUUUCUUUUUAUUGGCAUUGUCCUUUUUUUUUUUUAGCCCAUUUUUCAUUUUAAGCAAUCUUCUGCAGCUUUAGUUGCGGCUCUUGACAUUUCUUGCAAGAUGCAAGGAUAUUGAGAGGGGCAGUGUGUCAACAUUAACUGUACCUUUGUUACAGUUGGUUUGCUAAACAGCGCUGGAUGAACAGCUUUUAUUUUGUGUAACUUUUAUAUUGCUCUGACUCGGGAGAGUGGCAAGCUUCAUGUUGUCUUUGUCUUGACGAGAGCACCAAGCAGAUUUUGUUCUAUCUAAACUGAAGCUGGCGUACAUCCGUUAGUGUUACCUUGAGGCUAGCCAAAGCAAAGGUUGUCUUGUUUGUGCAGUUAUGCGCAGUUUAGACAUGACACUGUUUGUCUCAUUCUUCAAUAUGUGUAAUAAAUCUCUCCUUUUAUAUAUAUAGAUAUAUAUAUAUAUAUAUGUAUAUAUAUAUCUAUAUAUAUAUGUACACACACACACACAUACAUACAAAGUCUGCAUACUUAGUGCUUUUAUCUUGUCCUUUCGUGGCAUUUUGAAUUUUAGAUGCAUGUUAAGGGUUCCAUAUGGAACUGUAACUGUAAUAGCAAAAAUAAAAAAAAACUCCAUUGUUCUAUUCUUGCCCGUGUUGUCUGUCCAGACAGGGGUAUUUGAAGGAAGGUUAUUUGAGCUCUGAGGGUGGCUACAUUUCUUAGAUGGCUCGUCAACUGCCAAUUGCAGAUCACUUCCAGCCAUUAGUGUGUUUAUUUAUUCACUUGGGAGAUGCUUGCCUAGCUUAUUUGCCCAGAGCCUUGUUUGCAUGUAACUCUACGUGCGGGAAGUGUACAUAUUAUGCUGUUGGGAGAGACCCAGUCUGUGUGCGAGGUGGCACCAUGACCCUAGCACGUGCUAGGCUCCAGACUUAGCAGGGUGUUUGCUGCCCCUCUUGCUUGCUUGGGCCCAUGUAUAGCGGUGGCCAUGGCGGUCACCAGCUAAGUGCAGUGUUUUGGCAUAGCCUGGGACUCCUGUGCAUAUGCACCAUUUGUUGUUUCCUGUGCCCUUGUUUUCCUCCAUCUUCUAGUAUGUGUGCUGUUUACCACAGCCUGUCUCCAAGUUGGUCUGUUGUGGUGCUUGCCCCUGUUUUGUGUUGCUCUGUCAUCAGAGCCAUGUGCUUGUCCAUCCAACCUCUUGUUUGUUCUGUAGCCACGAGUGUUUGCUGGGUCUCAUGCCAGGUGUUGCAAGGAGGAGGUGCGACGGUCAUUCAGAUGUUUCUGGCUGCUUCUAUUUCUUCUGCUGUUGUCUUCUCCUGGAAUGCAGUGUAGCUGAAAGGUGUACCUAUUUCAAGAAAGCUCUGGAGCAGCUUUUUCAGCCUACAAAACUGUGAAUAAAAAUUGAAAGUGUU